AUGAAGGAACAGGGUAACAAAGGAUAUCUCACCCUUUACCAAAUUAUUGCGUCAUUUCCGGUAUCAUCGGGUAGAAUAGCACUGCUGGUGAUUGACGUGCAGAAUUGCUUCCUCCCAACCGGAACUCUUCCAGUCACAGACGGUGACCAAGUCAUUCCCAUCAUCAACGACAUUCGUAGAGAGUACAGAGACCUGUUUUCAUUGGUCGUGUUCUCGCAGGAUUGGCAUUGUGUGGACCACGUGUCAUUUGCUUCACAGCACAAUGGGAUGAAAGCGUUUGACACAACUCUUCUGCAGUAUGACGAACAAGGCAAUUUGUGCAACUCAUCUUCACAAUGUGAUGUGAAGUACAAUAUUACACAAGCAUUGUGGCCAGAUCACUGCGUCAAGAACACUACAGAUGCUGAAUUUGCUGUAAACAUCACGAAAGAAAACAGUGAUAUCAUCGUCAGAAAAGGUUAUCAUUGUGAGAUAGAUUCCUAUUCUGCAUUUUUUGAUAAUGGAGGAUUCAGCCAAACAGAGCUUGGUGCCAAACUGAAGGAAGAGAAAAUAGAAACUGUCAUUAUAACCGGACUGGCGUUGGAUUAUUGUGUUUAUUAUACUGCCAAGGAUGCAAAGAAGCUAGGAUAUAAUGUAUAUGUCGUACAGGAUGCCACACGAGGUGUAUCGUAUGCGACUUCGGUGGACGCCAUUACAGACAUGGACUCGCGAGGUAUCCACAUGGUGCAGUCAAGUCAGCUAAAAGCGAUUAUGGAUGGUCUCACAAGCUCAGGAAAUAUUUUGCAGAUUUCUGGUUUUUCUUGGAACAAAAUAGUUUUUGUUUUUAUUGGGAUAUAUCUGUAUCUGUUGGUACCUCUCUAAACUAUUCCAAUAAUUGAUAAAAGUUAAACUUGAAAGUGUGACUGGGAAAUUUACACACCGUCUAGUUUGUGUAAUAACACAGCAAUAAGUACUUAAUACUUAUAUAAUGGCGAGUUACAAUGGCGAUAUCAACGUAAGUAUCCGUAAUUAGAGACACAGACAUGUUUAUUGUCCGAAGUGUAGACCAUCGAGGAAUAUUCCUUAAAUCCUCAUUAUUCCAAGAGUACAAUCCCGCUGUUGUAACUAAAGACUGAUCACAAAUAAAGUAAUGUUUUGCCUCCUGAUUGUGAUAUUUUUGACAUGCUGUGUCUGAUGACAGCUGAAUCACUUCAA